GUGACGUCGUCUGGGAGGAAGAUGCUGCGCUGCAGCUGAUCCGCAGCUGGAACAUCAACCGGGCCGGAACCCCCGGAACCUGCGGUCCCGUGGUCCCGGACAGGUGUUCCCGGUGACCCCGGUACCGGGCCGGUGACCCGCCAUGGCCGCGGAGACCCGCGUCAUCUACCACCUGCAGGACCAGGAAACCCCCUACCUGGUCCGCCUCGCCGUGCCCGCGCAGCGCGCGACCCUGGCGCACUUCCGGCAGGUGCUGAGCCCGAACCUGCACCUGAACCCGAACCUGCACCCGAACCGGGUCCGGUUCUUCUUCAAGGCCGUGGACGAGGACGUGGGGGUGGUGAAAGAGGAGAUCAGUGAUGACGACGCCAAGCUGCCCAGUGUGAACGGAAGAGUCGUGUGCUGGAUCGUCUCCUCAGACUGUCAGCCCGACUUCAGGGGGUCGGACCUCGUCUCUGUGGCCACGCCCUCCAGCCUGGCCCCGCCCCUCUUCUCUUUAGCCCCGCCCCCUUUAGAGAGGACCGGGGGCAUUGGAGACUCCAGACCCCCGUCCUUCCAUGCUGCAGGUUUCCAUGACGACCAGCUGGAUGUUAAAUCUGAGGUUUCAUCGUCAGAGAAGCAGCGGAGGAGAGAAGGCGGUUCUGGUGGUGGGCGUCUGAAUGGCCACGCCCUCCACCCAGCUGACCAGCCGGGGACGGGGCCAUGUCCGGGGGCGGGGCCAGGACCGGGGGCGGGGCCAACUGAAGGUGACAGCUCGUCAACGCAGCAGAGCAGCGAGCUGGAGACGACCAGCUUCUGCUCGUCGGAGGACGACGACGGAGGAAGGUUCAGCCAGUCAACGGAGCAGAGCGGCUCGUCACCGAGACUCAUCAGGAAACAACGACGGCGUCACCGGAGACCCAAGACCAAGAUGGAGAAGUCGGCGUCUUUCAGCAGCGUCACUGACUCCACCAUGUCCCUGAACAUCAUCACCGUCACGCUCAACAUGGAGAGGUACAACUUCCUGGGCAUCAGCAUCGUGGGUCAGAGCAACGAUCGGGGAGACGGAGGAAUUUACAUCGGCUCCAUCAUGAAGGGAGGAGCGGUGGCUGCAGACGGGAGGAUCGAGCCGGGAGACAUGCUGCUGCAGGUGAACGACAUCAACUUUGAGAACAUGAGCAACGACGACGCCGUCCGAGUCCUGCGGGAGGUCGUGCACCAGCCCGGGCCGGUGACGCUAACCGUGGCUAAGUGCUGGGACCCGAGCCCGCGCGGCUGCUUCUCGUUGCCCCGGAGUGAACCGGUCCGGCCCAUUGACCCGGCGGCCUGGGUGUCGCACACGGCGGCCAUGACGGGCAGGCUCCUCCCACACUACGGCGUCCAGGACUCCCAGCUCAGCGUCCACAGCGACAUGACGGCCGUCGUCACGGCGAUGGCGAAUCCCGAGGGAGGAGUGGAGGUUCGGGACCGGAUGUGGCUGAAGGUCACGAUCCCCAACGCCUUCAUCGGCUCCGACGUGGUGGACUGGCUGCACCGCUCCGUGGAGGGAAUCCCGGACCGCCGCGAGGCGCGCCGCUACGCCGGCAGCCUGCUGAAGGCCGGAUUCAUCCGCCACACGGUCAGCAAGGUGACGUUCUCGGAGCAGUGCUACUACGUGUUCGGGGACGUCUGCGCAGAUCUGACCUCCAUGACUCUGCUGGACCAGGACGAGGGUUCCGGUCCUGGACCAGGACCCGAGGCCGAGCCCCCGGCCUUCCCCUACCAGUACCCGGUGCCGCACCCCUACAGCUCGCACCCCCCCCUGCAGCUGCCGGCCUGCGGGGGCCAGCGGAGUGAAGGAAGCUGCAGCAGCCGCUCCAACCACAGCGAGGGGGGCGACGCGCCCGAACCCCCCCAACGCCCGGCAGGAGGCUCCCCCCCGACCUCGUCCUCCGGUCUCCACGGCGACCAGCGACCCCCGACCUCGUCCUCCGGUCUCCACGGCGACCAGCGACCCCCGACCUCGUCCUCCGGUCUCCACGGCGACCAGCGCGGCGACUUCUCCCCGGUCCAGCCGGAAGUCUCCCGGAAGUCCUUCCGCCUGGCCGUGGGGAACCCCAGCGACCUCUUCCUGGACGUCAUGUGACCCUGUGAUGUCACUUCCUGUCUGGGAGGGCACGGAGGGCACGGAGGGGGGUGGAGGGGACGGAUGGAUCCAGACCGGACAGGUCCAGAGCUCCGCCCCUGACUCCGCCUCCAGAGCCGGUGGAUGCUGAACUGAACUGACAACCGUCACCAUGACGACCAAAAACCUUGACCCCCCCCCCCCUCCCCCACACCUGCCUGGUCCCGCCCACCUGUGUCUCCUCCCAUUCCUUCCUGCAUCACGUGAUCUGAACAGUUCUGCUUCCCCAAAAAGAACCUUGAACAGAACCGUCCGACCUGAACCUGGUCCCAGGUUAAUGGGAGAACCAGAACCCUGGAGGUCCACGUCAACGCUGGUUCUGGUUCUGGUUCGGUCCGUUGUGCAGGGACUGACUUUAUGGACGUUUUAUUCUGAACCUUCACUGCAGAAUCAAUAAAACUCUAAGAAACC